AUGAUACCUGGAGGCUUAACAGAAGCGAGACCUGCCACUGCAGAAAUCCAGGCAAUUGCUAUUCAGGUUAAGCCACAGCUUGAAGAACAAACCAAUAGGACUUAUGAAGAAUUUGAAGCUGUAGAGUAUAAAAGUCAAGUGGUUGCUGGACUAAAUUACUUCAUUAAGGUAAAAAUAGGUGAUAAUACUUAUAUUCACCUGAAGAUAUUUGAAAGUCUGCCUGCAGAAAAUCAGCCUUUGACACUUACUGGUUACCAGACUGGCAAAAGCAAGCAUGAUGAGCUGAAGGGCUUUUAA